CCUGGCGGACAGUAGUCGCAGAAGGUGCUGGAUAGAGGGUCGUGCUUCCCUGAUACAGCGUUAUUGUUGCAGUUAUGGCGGCGAAGCUGAUGUUCUUGGUUGUUCUACUGACACCUGUAGGCAGUAGCCUGGCAGCGGUCUCUCUCGCCGAAGCUGAACUUGAUCCAAGUAACCCAGAUCGGUGUACGUAUAAGGGCGUGGGAUAUUCCUUCAAGGAAGAAAAGAGUAUUCCUCGACGUUGUGAAGUAGGAAAGUGUAUAUCUUCCGGUGGUAAAACAUACGUACAAUUCGCAUCGUGCGGUGUGAUAGGGGUACAAAAUGGAUGCCGCCUGAGCAAAGAAGACUUGACCAAACGUUACCCUGCCUGCUGCCCUCGUCAGAUAUGCUGAUGACUACUUCUUGUUGACUGCCUGCUGUUUGUACUUUAUCAUAAGCUUGCUUCCUCCACCCCUUGUGUAUUUACUCUACACUCCUAUAGUCCUAAUUUUUAGUAUAGAUUAUCUUUAAGAACUCCUCAAUGUAGUCUAGGUGUUAAGCGCUGGAGGUGACUUGUUAAAAUAUUAAAGAAAUUAAUGCAA